AUGUGUCCAUUUAUCUCCGUCCUUGAGUUUCGGACCGCCGUUCAAACGUCAUUGCGGGUCGAACAAUCAGUUUUGGGAUUUUCAAAUGCCACCGCGGAACGGUUCAGUUCGGCCGCCCGGCGCCGUGUACCUCUUCGCACGUUGACGCUGGCGCGCUUGACGUUAGAAUUCGGAGCGGUCGUCCGGCAUUCGCGUACGGCCGAAGACGAACUCGGACCCGAGCCCGCGCGACUAAAACCACUCGUCUAUUUGGCCGGUAUAUCGAAUAUUUACGGCUCGGCGGUUCGCCGUUACGAGACGCGUGCAAUAGGUCCGCUCUUCUGGCUUUCGACAAAACCCACUUCCACUUCAUCUGUGUCGGCGGCGCUUCAGCGUCCUUCGUUUCUAUUCCUGCGUGCGCUGCCGACCGCGGUUUCCCCGCGACGCGCGCCUCGAUUAGUUUCCCGUCCCGACGACGUUGCGCCGGGACGGUCGGCGGGAAUGAGCACUGCGGGAGUGACGAGCGAUAAAAAUAAUCGCAACGAACCCGGGAGAAAACGUUGUCCGCCCGGCGUACCAACGCGCGCGGGCGCGGCGUAUCGGGAAAAUAAUAAUACGUCAAACCGAGAUUCAAAACGCGAACGUCACGCCGUUGCGUUCAUCCGGCGGAGUUCGGGCAUCGCCGAUUUCGCGUCGUCCGCGGCGGUCCGCGCGCAACGGCCGUCUCCCAAUACGUUUGAAACGGAAACGGCGUACGGUUCGGACCAAAACGGAACCGCGGCGGUCAUCGCGACGGUCGAAUAA